AUGAAAAGAGGAGUUUUAUGUAUUUUACUGCUUGUUGGAUGGAUUGAAGCGGAAGUGAGUUUUUUUCGAGUUCAAAUUUUUUGAACAUGAGAAACAAGUUUUUUAUUAGAAGAAAAAUGCGAUUGAAAAUGGCGGAUGGACGACAGAUGAAAAGGAUAUUGUGAAGCAGAAUGGAAUUUGUAAUAUUGAAAGACAUGAUGCGAAUGAAUUGACGCAGAAAGAAUUUCUGAAACGAUAUGCAUAUUCGGAGCCUGUAAUUAUAUAUAAUGUGGAUAAUUCGGAGUUUCAAAAACUCACGAAGAAAGCAGCAAUGUUAGAUUCAUGGGGAGAAUUACCGGUCACGUUGAAUUCAGCGAAUACAUAUAGUUAUACUAGAGUUGCAACAACUUUUGCCGAUUAUAUUGAUAAGAAGAUGAAACCUCAAAAUUUGGAUAAAUUGGGAAAUGAAACAUUAAUUUUAUUCGGCGAUAUUGAUCAAAAACUUUGGGCUCCGUUACUCGAAAAAUAUCGAAAACCAGAAUGGGAAUUGCCUGAUCAUUUGCCAGCAUUGAGUUUUGGAAUAGCUGGAGCUGGAACUGGUGUACCUUUUCAUUUUCAUGGUCCAGGAUUCGCUGAAGUUGUUCAUGGAAGUAAACGAUGGUUUUUAUAUCCUUAUGAACAGCGACCAAAAUGGAAUCCAGAUGAGACAACUUUAGAAUGGUAUUUGAAUGAUUAUCCAAAUUUGGCACGAGAAGAUCUUCCACUUGAAUGUGAAAUGAAACCUGGAGAGCUUAUUUAUUUUCCGGAUAAAUGGUGGCAUGCAACACUAAAUAUUCAAUCUUCCGUUUUUAUAAGCACAUUUUUAAGUCCCUAA